AUUUGGAGAGAGCAUGAUUUGAAGUGUCGUGGUCGGAUUUGAAGAAUGUUGUAGACCUAAAAUAUGAGAUAUCAAUGGAUUGCUAAGAUAAAAGAAAGAACAAGAAGGAUGUAUACCUUAUGGAGCUAUUAUAGCAACCUGUGGGUAUACAAUACUCAAAAGCGAUUUGAUGCUAUCUGGAAUGGCAAGCCAAGGGAAACUGCGAGUGUCCCAUUCAUGAUUACAGCAAAAAUGAGAAAAUCUCUCACCUCCCUUGGCUACGAAGAAAGAGAUGUCAGAUCUAUGACACCUCAAGAUGCUUGUAAUAUUAUCAAAAACCAAACCAAAAAAUCAUAAACUGAAAAUAGGACCAAAAAGGAAAAAGAUGUCAGAUCUACUAUGACACCUCAAGAUGCUUGUAAUAUCAUCAAAAACGAAACCAAAAAAUCAUAAACUGAAAAUUGGAGCAAAAUUUCAGGGAUAAAAUUGAAACUUUACUUUUAGGCUCACCUAGUUUCCUCAGCAGACAUUUUUUGUGUUGGUCCAAAAGCUCAAGACUAAAGCAUGGUUUUCACUAGCAAUGCAAGCACAAGCACAAGCAUAAGAAGAAUUAUUUCAUUGUGAAAACUGACUAACGCAAGCAUGAGCACAAGCUCAAGGAUCAAUUUUUUUUAUUGCGCUUGCGCUUAUGCUGCACCUGAAAACAAAACAAUACAAGAGCAACAGUGGCAGAGAUGUGGUGGAGACGCGAUGGAUUAUUAAUACAUGUCAUGUGACCAAUCUGACCAAUCACAACAGCACAGAAGGGGCAUAGCACUAGUUGCACUUGUACUUAUUUCAUGACUUGUUUUCACUGAAAUAAGUCCUCUUAUGCUUGUACUUGUGCUUGCCUCGCUAGUGAAAACCAGGCUUAAGGCUCACCAGSCUCAGUUACCAUGGUACCUCAAUCGAUUUACCACCACAGGCAUCCCAUUCACUCAURUAUUGAGCCUGGUCAGCCUGUGGAUAAUAUGCCUAUGUAUAAUUGUAUUCAGCCAAGUAUACUGAAAACAUAAAUAAUAGAUUUUAUUUCAUUUCA